CUCACAAUCCUCACCAGUGCUGCCGUCGAAGCUCAUUAGGGCUCUUGUUGGAGCCUGAGCGGCUUCACAGCGGCAGAAUCCAGCGCCUCGAGCGCAGACGAUGUUUCACCUCCUCACCUCCCUCUACACGGACAUCACCCAGCGGCCUAGAUUCAACGUCCUCUUCCUCGGCUCAGCAGACAGCGGCAAGACUACGCUGCUUCAGGUCAUCAAAUCUCACUACAUCGAGAACAAGCCUUUGUCACCACGCCUUGCUCCAGGUCAGAGCUCAGAGCACAACAAGACUUUGCUGCCAAAGACGAGAUCGACCGUCGGACAGAAUGUCCUCGACCUACCCGCUCCGCCGCCCUCCAGCCGUCCCCUGGUGGAGCCAUCUCAUCCGCCGCCCGCCCUGCCCACUCCACAAGACGUGGCCUCGUCUUCGUCGUGGUUCUCAUCAGCAUCCAAAGGGCCUUCUACCUCAAAGAGACUACCUUCAAAGGCACUGAUUCACAUCUGGGACCUCGGGGGAGAUCUUGGGUUGAGGAAAAUCUGGCAAAAGUACUAUGCCGAGACAGACGCGGUAGUCUACUUAUGGGACUGUGAGAAGGGCGGCAACGGAGAAGGACGAGAGGCAGAAUGGAGCGUAGUAGCUGAGCUGGCUCGAGACGCUCGACUAUCGAAUUUGCCUUUCCUGAUACUCUUGUCGAGGUCCGAUCUGAUUUCGUCUCCUCUGUGUCAAAGUAGAAGGCCAUCUCAGGCCGCUGCCCCCACGAUAGCGACCGACCAAGAACAACGGCCGGCAGCACAAGUCCCGGCCUCCAGUGAAGCAGAGGCAACUCAAGACGGCGAUCUCAGCUUGAGCAUCGACCAUGCUCGCAAUGAAUCACAGAACGUGCAGCUUGGAGAUGAAAGUAAGACAACUCAUUCGGGACCAGUUCCGUCAGCUUCAGUCCCGCAGAAUCAUCGCCCCGAUGGAGAAGCCCGAGACUUGCUCGAGUCCCUUCGGGUAUUUGUGCAAUCUCACGUCGAGGCACAGGUUCGAGUGGCUCCUGCAAGGUCUCGUCCAGUCAAACCAUCAAGAGAUCUAGCUCCUUCGGUGCUAGCAGCUUUCGACGAUGCGGAAGACGCGCGCGAAACGUCUGGCGGAACAGAGGCCUUUGAUGAUCCCGGAGAUUCAGAGGGCUGUUUUCCUGAGACAACGAUCUUCCCGAUGUCCGUCCUGACGGGCCGGGGUGUAGAAGAGUGCAUGGACUGGAUGGUACAAAAGAGUUUGGCCGCUGGGAAAGGCGAUGGGGAGCGCGAGGGGAAGACUCGCCAGUCGGCAAAGGAUUAGACUGGGCGACCCGGCCCGAUGUCUCAGCUACACAAUCUUGAAACUCUGCAGAGGCCUCGACCUCGAGGAAGGAGGG